ACAUGGGCUGUUGGUCAUUUUCCUUAUUAUCUUUCCCCAAUUUCUGGUAAACUUUGGUGCUUUGAAUCUGAGGAGGCUGACUAAGGGAAUUUGAAUAAGAGUUUUCUUGCAAUGGGUUGAGAUAUUAGUAUCUUUUCUAAUAUUUGUUUUUUCAGAAAUUUCGACUAACCCCGCAUUUUGAAGUGAUCUUGAUGCUUUAUAAAAGCACAAGUUUUCAAGAUAUAUUAGUAUUCUGUUAGUGUUUGAAGACAUACAAUCAAACAGAGAAAGAUAUUGAGAAAGUUUGUCAGUUUGUUGUAAAGUUUGCAUCAUGAAGAGCUUUGGAUUCUGUGUUUUGUUGCUGCUGUUUGGGACAGCUUUGGUUUGCCUUGCUAGCACCAUCACUUGCUCUCCUUCUGGUACUGCAUUCAAGAUAGAUAAACAAGACAUAGCUGAACCUGCAACAAGCAGGAAGUUGAAGGGUCUUAGUGCUAGUAGGGAUAAAAUGAGUGAUGGUCAGCUGAAUCUUGAAGAUUACGGCCCUAAUGAUCCAGCUCCAAGUUCAAAAGCUUCCGUAAGACCCGGACCUAUUCAGCAUGGUACUCCUCUGAUGCCUUAUAUCCCAAAGCCAUCCCCAGCUGCACCACCUGCACCGCCUGCACCGGGUCACCCCAAGCUAGGUGCACUACCAUGAUGUAAGGUAGCAUGCAUAUUACCAGCAAUGAUCAAAGCAACUCAUUUUACAUUUUGCGCGAAAUGUUCAGAUUCUGUUAUUUGUAGCUUCAUGUUUUUCCAGUGUUGUUAUGUACCUUGUGUUGCAUGUUUGUCACUUUUGGACCCUUUUUAUGAAUUGCUGUGAUGUUUAAGGCUCAGCAUAUCUAUGCAAGCUAUUUACAUUUUUAAA